AUGUCACAGCCAAAUGUUCUCAUUUUACACUUAAUGUUGGUGACAUCUGCUUUUAUUAGACCAGCUAACGGAUAUUAUUAUUACAUAGCGGAUCAAUGUCUCUACAGUUCCCGUGAUCUCAGUGAUAUGGUGUAUGUGCAGUCAUACGCCUUCAAUAUGGCUGUAGAAAUAAAGUACAACAGCACUCUGGGGAAGUUUAUAGGGUUUAAUGAAGUUGAAGUGAACACUUCAAAGCUUUGGAACCAGAAUGCCGAUUUUCUGCAGCAGAUGAAGGCUCAGGUGGAAACAUUCUGCAAACCUAACGCUCAAUUCUUGGAAACAGUUAUUUGCAACAAAGCUGUGCAACCAAAGGUGAAGCUCAGUUCAGUGAUACAAGCUCAAAACAAACACCCAUCCGUAUUGAUGUGCAGCGUCAAUGACUUCUAUCCUGAACAAAUCAAAGUGUACUGGCUGAUAGACGGUAAACCUGUGACCUAUGAUGUGACCUACACUAUGAUGGCCAAUGGAGACUGGUACUAUCAGAUUCACUCUCAGCUAGAGUACGCACCCAGAUCUGGAGAGAAAAUCUCAUGUGUGGUCGAACACACCAGCUUCAAUAAACCCAUGAUCUACGACUGGGACCCCUCCAUCUUUAAGUCUGAGAGAAAUAAGAUUGAUGGGGCUUCUAGUCUGGUGUUGGGAAUCAUCAUGGCAGCUGCUGGACUCAUUUACUACAAGAAGAAAUCAGCAGGUCAGUGA